UGUCAAAAGACAGACGACGUUUAAUUAAUUAUGAUAUGUUGUUACAAUCAGUUCUGUGUGAUGUUUGUUCUCUGUUAAGGCGCGCAUUCUGGUCAAGUGUCUUAGUAAGCAAUGGAUAUAAACCCUUUAGCGGUUAUAUUGGUUGAAAAUGGUAGCAAAGGAGAUCGUCUACUGUUUCGCUUUCCUUAUGAAACGCAAAUCACACCUAACUACUCAAAGCGAACACGCACAAAGCAACUACAAACUCCAUACAGUCAGGGCAGUGCUGAAGAUAUGCCUAAAACAAAUAAAGCAUAUUCUAGUACAAUCAGUGGAAGUGUUCACAGCUUCCCCAGCAAAGUUUUAUCAAAUUUGUUUGCUGUGAAAUCAGAACUAUGUGGAAAGAAGUUCGAAAUAAAAAUCAAUGACAUUCGUUUUGUUGGUCAUCCCCUUCUUGUUUACCACCAGGGGGAAGGAAAAUGUUCUACUUCCAAUCAAGAAUCUAUUUUGUCUUUCAAUGUGGUAUUUGCACUUAAGGCCUCUGCAAGUCAUGCAAUAGUGGAUUGCUAUCAUGAAGUUAGCAAGAGAAUAGCCGCAGCCCUUUGGCAUGAAGAACGUAGGGUGGCAUAUUUGAGUGAAGAAGCCAAACUGAUGACAUCUACCCAAGAUGAGGUGUCAUCCGAUUUACCCGACGAUCCUUUAGACGUGCCAUAUCACUUAAUUUUACAGCGAAGUCAGCUUGCGCGUGACUUGCGACGUGUUUACGAGGAUUUACAAACUUCUGGGAAGAUACAUUUGCGGAUUAACCGAUGGAUCCUGGUCAGCUGCUGCUUACCGCAAAAAAUCUAUAAUCUUCUUGAUCCUGGGCUUGUAAUCGAGCCGGCUGACAUCCAUGCCUGUAUGGAAGCAUUGAGACCGUACCAUGCCAUAUUGUUGCUUGGAGACAAAGAAAAAGUUAUUAACAAUUUACCUCUUGAUUCGUCGCCAGCAUUGAAGCGACUGAUAAAUCUCGCAAAUCCCCUAAAAAGUUUACAAACCUUGGCAGCCGAUGCCGAUUUGACACUAUCGCACGUCUUUCAACUCGUGGGCCACAUGCUGUAUUUCGGUCAUGCAACCAUUAUUUAUCCACUUUGUGAUAGCAAUGUGUACGUCCUUGCGGGCAGCGCCAACACCUCACCACAAUCAAAACUAGCUGAUGUCUUUUCGGAAACAUUUACUAGCACUUGUUUAAUUCAAAUUAUGUCCGAAUUUUCGGUCCCCGUGUCACUGAGCCAGAGAAGAAAUCCACUAGCCACAUCAGAGCAAGAAUCGGAAGAGAUUCAAAUUAUCAUUUGGAUGCUGCAACACCAUUUACUAAUACAACUGCACACCUACGUACAAAUAGUUGUCGACGAUAUGCAUCCGAGAUUAUUUAACAGAGGCUCGUUUCGAAGUGCCAAAACGACGCGGGUGACAUUUGCAAGUCGCCAAUCAACUCCAGAUGAACUGAAUGCAGGAUCCAGUUUAAUUAGAAUGCCAAGCGAUAGCGAUAUGGCCUCCGUAGUCAGUGAUGAGGCGUUAUCCAGUCCACCCUCACAUAAGAGUAUUGGUAGUAAAGCUACGUGGUCAACUAUCCAUUUAGCGUCACUGAGUAAUGCGGAGAGGGAGGCCGUCCUUCAAGUUGACGCUGCUGCAAAUUCCGAAGAUAUGGACCUUUUUGCCAGAUUGUGUAAGUAUUUUCGCGGUAAACAUCAUCUAGAAGAAAUCAUGUACCUAGAAAAUGUUCGUAGGUCGAACCUUCUACACCUCAUUGACAAGUUCCGGACAAUCCUUGUUACAUUCGAACAUGAAGAUUCAGCUUGUUCUGUUUUCUAUAAGAAUUCCACAACUUAAUGUUUAGGCCAAUGAAAUUGUGAAUUUUAGUUGAUGUGAAAUUUUGCUCUAUAUUUUUGAAAAUUAAUUUUACAAGCGUAAAUUUCAAUUUUGUAUUUUACUUUUAUAUGAAGACCAGAAUUUUAUUGGCAUUAAAAUCGCUCCUAACUCUCGCCUUUAACAAAGCACAUUAAAGUUGGUGGCAACGAUGACAUGUGGUACUGAUAUGGCAGAAAACAUGUUAUAAUAAAAACUAACUUUUUGCGAAAGAA